CGAAUACUCACUGCUAGAGUAUUAAGUCUGAUAUCAGAACAUAAGCAGUCAAUUUUAUUUUUAUGUAACAGAUGACUCGAAAUGGAUUGUUUUCUUUGUUUUCGUAAAGGGAAAGCCGUAAACAGCAAAUAUUCCUCAAAUGUGAUCGAGAUUUCAGUAAAUGUUUGCCUACAAAUGGUUGUUCAUUUAAACUAAUUCGUGAAAUACAGGGAUACUUCUAGGGAUAAAAUUACAUCAAUUGCUAAGGGGAUUACAAAAUGAAUCUCAAAACAGUUUUCGUUAUCUUGAAUAUUAUAGUUGUUGUUUUAAUUAUUUCUUCAUUGGCUAAUUGUGAAAACAAUAUCACUAUGGACCAAGAAUCUGCUCUACAGGAAAGCUUGUUUAAGAAUUACAACAGGUAUAGAAAACCUGUCAAGGUGUUUUCAAAUCGAGUGUCGGUGAAUCUCGAGUUGAUUAUUUUUUCUAUACCAAAGUUGGAUAUAAAAUCGCAAACAUUACAUACUUCUAGUAUGUUAGUGGUGUCAUGGAUUGACGAAUAUCUUGUGUGGAAUUCAAGCAAGUUCCGUGAAAUUGAGUAUUUACGACUACCUGCAGACACCAUUUGGGUUCCAAAUGUUUGUAAUCUUCAAGAAAUCACCGACCGAAGAUGUUUGACAUAUGGUUCCGUUACCGAUACAAAAAGUGAGGUGAUAGUCCACAACUCAGGCCUUGUUUAUCUGUCUGAAAUGAUGAAUAGUGUUAUUUUAUGUACAUUUAACGUUAUGAAUUUUCCUUUUGACAUUCAAACCUGUGCUUUCAAGUUUGUUAUUACAAGCACUACGCUUUAUACAGUAGACCUUGCAGUGAAUCAGUCAAAUAUUAAAACCGAUUUUUAUAUUGGAAACGAGGAAUGGGAUUUACUCUCAACAAGUGUUUCUGAAAAAGACAGUAUGCUUAAUAUGUUAAUAAUCUUAAGAAGAAGACCAUUAUUUCUUACACUAACUAUAAUUGUUCCCAUUGUUGCCUUGUCUAUCAUGAACUGUUUUUGCUUUUUGUUGCCUAUUAAGUCCGGUGAAAAAAUGGGAAUGUCUGUUGCAUUAUUUCUAACCUUUGCCGUUUUUGGAAGCAUUCUUAGCGACACGAUGCCACAGAACUCAGAACACAUUCCAUGGUUCAUUGUUUACGUGACCACACAGAUUGCUCUCAGUAGUUUAAGCGUAAUCAUGGAAACACUAGUUGUGCAUCUGUAUCACAUGAAUACCUGUAGGUCAAAAAUGACUGACAACAAAAAAGACGAAUUACAGGAAGAAACAGCAGCGAAAGGCGAUAAUUUUGAUGUAAGCAACAAAAAAUCCAAACUCAUCGAUGAGACAUGGAAAAGUCGAGCCAUAAAACUGGAUAAAGUUUUCAUGCUUUUAAUUGUUUCGACGACUAUAACUUCAAUUUGCAUAUUUGUAUUACUUAUCGUUAGCUAGAUAUGGUUUUGUGUAUGUAGGAGGAAUUGAUCGACAUUAUGAAUGUUAAAAGAAUAUUACUUAUACAUACUUUAAUUAUUUUUAGAAACCAGCAUGCACUUUUUUGUAUUAAAGUUGGUGUGUAAAACAAAUAUUGAAGUCGUUUAGGAUAAAACUCAAAAUUUAGCAGUUUGACAAAAGCAAGCACAAAUUGAAAUUAUCAAAAUUUAUUGAAACCUAGAAAUUUUCUAACAUUAGAGAGGUUGAGAUUUAAAACGUGUACGGGUACGCGUACGUGUGUUAAAACUACACGUUUAUGUAAUUCAUCAGUUGAGAUUUAAAAGUGUAUGUAAAUCGACGCAGUUUUGUGACAUGAAUUUAUUUAGUUAAUUCCAAAUAAAUGGUAAAUUUCUUAUCAAUUUUCAUGCAAAUGAAGCUUAAAAAUCUAUAU